AUGUCGCUGUGUGCGGACAUGCCGCUGUGUGUCGACAUGUCGCUGUGUGCCGACGUGCCGCUGUGUGCGGACAUACCGCUGUUUGCCGACGUGCCGCUGUGUGCGGACAUGCCGCUGUGUGCCGACGUGCGGCUGUGUGCGGACAUGCCGCUGUGUGCCGACGUGCCGCUGUGUGCGAACAUGCCACUGUUUGCCGACGUGCCGCUGUGUGCGGACAUGCCGCUGUUUGCCGACUUGCCGCUGUGUGCCGACAUGCAGCUGUGUGCGGACAUGCCGCUGUGUGUGGACAUGCCGCUGUCGUUGGGAGAUACACCUCUGCUGUUCACGCAGAAGUGUUAG